GUUUUUGUUACCUACGUCCAGGCACUCGGACAAGCCCCGUAGCCACUUUGGCUCAAGCGAGCGAGGCGACGGGAGGCCCUCGCGAGCGCGCCCGCGGCGCGCGGGCGCGCCAGCGGCCACGUGGCGGGCCGGGAAUGGGCGGCGGCCAGCGCGCGGACGCUCACCCGGCGGCAACGCAGGCGCGCGAGGCAGAACUUGGGGCAGAGCCGGGCUGCCGCGGUGGCGACACGGUGCAAGGGCUUCAGGCAGGGCAUCCUCGCACACUGGUCCUUGGAGGAUCGGUUAGGCGCCCACUUCGCCACCUUCGGCGAGGCCAUCUUCGCUGCGAAGAUGGUCGGACUGCCGCUGGACGACGAGGUGGCGUGCUUGGAGUUCGCGAAUUGGUCCAAGCAUGCAGCGCCGCCUGGGAUGACCCAUCCCGCGGCAACGCCUGCUGGUGUAAGGGUCGACGUCGUCGAGUCGUUCCGCCACGAGCUCCACUUCAGACCGAUGGCGCACACGCUGCUGACGGAGCUGGGCGUGCAGCACCACGGCUUCGGCUUCGAGGCGGCGUCGCAGGUGCAGGUCGAGCAGGAGCCCGACGACGUGGCUGAGUUGCCCAGCGGCGAGGAGAAGAUGAUGGAAUCCAAGGAGGGCGCGAUGCAGGCGGACGGCGAAGGUGCCACUCUUCCUGCACACCCUCCUUGCACGGAUACGAUGGAGUCCGUGGAGGCCGUCGAGACGCAGGUGGCUGGCGCUGGUGCUCUCCUUCCUGCUCAGUUUCCUGGCGGCGAUCGCGACGGCGUUUGUUGUGCGCUGGAUGUACUUGUACUUGUUCUUUCUCCAGAUGCCGAUGAUGGCCUUCACACCCCUGUGUUCGAAGAUGUGUUGAACGUGCAGCUCGAUGCCCGCGCCGAGGACUGCGACGAGAUCCCCGACGGCGUCGAGAAGAUGGAGUCCGCGGAGGUCGGUGCGAUGCAGGUUGCAGACGCUGAUGGCCGUCGUCCUUCGCUCCUCCCUGCUGGCGAGGCUUUGGGCCUUGCAGGUGUCGACGGUCGAGAGCAGCCGAUCGAGGCACGAGCGCCCGCUUCCUUCCUCUUCGGGUUCGGUGACUUCUUCGAGCAGUAUGUCGAGGCCGACGCUGGAGCCUCCGACGGCGAGAUUAUCGAGAAGCACCUCGAACGCAUCGAGGAUCACAUUCAGACGGUGGCCCAGCUGUAUGAGUUGCACCGUCUGCUUCAAGGUGUGUGCAGGGUUGAACGAGAAGCGGCAGUUGUGAGUGAGAGGCUGCACGAUGAGCAGUCGCAGGAUGUGUCAUCGGUCCCGCCUCACGGGGACAAGCUUGCAACAACCUCCUGUAUUUACCAAUCGCUGCAUUGUCGAAACCAUGUUCAUGGACCUCCUCUGGCGAAAGUCUCCUCCGAGCACUUAUGAUGUCUGAAAGUUCUGUCGCAUUUCCUACCAUUGUGGAACUGAUCCGGACGUGACGCACCGCCGUGCUAGAUAGACGCGUCCAUGCGCCAACCCAUUUUGAAGGGCCUAUGUCGAUUUCGUCAGCGUCUGGUGACAAUCCCUGCUCUGUAAAAUUUGCGCUUCAUUUUUGUCCAGGGGCUCUGGGCGAGCCUCGCUGUGAACUGAUACGCUUGAGCGCCGCGCAACGCCCUCCGAUCCCGACAGCAAUUCGCUGAACACUUCAUCAACAGUUGGAGCGCUCCAAGUCAUCAAAUAUCGAUUCUGCCAUUUUGCGCCUGUCUCGAUGGCGCUGCGUUUCAGACUGAGAGUACACAUCUGAUCUCCUAUCCUUCCAUUCUGGGUUCCAUCGCUGGGGCGGCAUGCUUGCUUGGGCCUCAGCUCUUGCUUGGGCUUUGAGCCCUGAGCCAAAGAUUGGACCGAACUUCUUGGCGGCGUGAGUUCUUCGAAGACCAAGACUUCGUAUCGCUGUACGUAGCCAACGCGCCAGUCUGGAGCAAGCCUGCGAGCUGCCCCAAGAAGUGCAAUAUUAGCAUAGCUGACAAAUACACGCGAAGUUACCGUCGAUGCAAUCGGUUACAAUGCAUGUGUAGCCGGGUCGCAAAGCGUCCUCGGGACAAUUUUCAGCUUGUUAGAGCAGUGCCCUGGAGCAGGGUAGUGUUGUGAAUGAGAGCUGUUCACGCACUCGCUGGACUGCCCAAAUUCACUAACACGAUUCCAAUGGUGCGGGGGCCUCGCGUCGCGCUGAACGGGGGGGGGCCAUGGGGGCGCUCGACUCCAUCCAAGUCCGUGCGAGGCCACCGCCCCAUCCCAUUGAUUGCGCCGCCAGCCCCGAGUUGUUUUGGGCCGCAGAAAAAGAAUACAUCUACUCGAUGUGCUUCCUCUCCUGAAGAAGAGAAGGGUGCAGCUGCGUUCCUUGCUUGGCGGUCCUGUCAGCCUCGUCGUUGCCCCAGAUGUUCACGCGAUCAGGCAAUGGCACAGACGGAACGUCCUCCUGCGAGCCAGGUGCUUUCCAGUGAAAGA